AUGGCACACCUGGCUGAUGGGCUCGUGGAAGCCGCGCCAAGCGUACACCGUGCCUCCACCGCAGAAGACGUCCGUGCCGCGCUGCAGGAGCUGUCUCGACGGGAAGCGGCAGUGACCUCGCGUCUGGAUACGUUGCUGGCCACCCAGAAGCAUGUCUCGCGCCAGCUGUCAAAGCUGGAUCUGGCACGCGCCCAGCUUGGGUCUCAGGCGAUGGCGACGAGAGGCAUCAGUAACACUAUGCUAUCUUCCGCCGCCUCGACCGCACACCGAAUCUCCCGAGCUGUCAAGAAACUGGACAAGGAGCAAGCCGCCGUCAAGUCGACGCUGGAGCUUGUGGAACAGGUCGCUGAGCUCAAAGCCUCUGUUCUCGGAGUACACGGCUCGAUGGGAGCACCCCAAGACUGGGAGACUGCUGCGAAUCACCUCCAUCGUGCUUCUCAAGUUCCGGAUUCUGUCAUUGACGGAGCCUUCGCCGAGGAGAUUGUCCCUACUGCAGAAGUGCCAGAUCGACCAAGGGAGACCUUAGACAGCGCAGCCGAAAGUCUGUGUGGCCUGUUCCUACGAGAAUUCGAAACGGCUGCCCGCGAUGGCGAUGGUGCCAGAGUUACUCGAUUCUUCAAGCUCUUCCCUCUGAUCGGACGAAGUCAUGUCGGACUCGAUGCGUACGGAAGCUAUGUCUGUUCCGGCAUUGCUGCUCGCGCGCGCAGCAACAUGAGUUCCACGCAAAGACGAGAAGGACUCUUCUACGCCAAUGCCUUGACGAAGCUAUUUGAGCACAUUGCCCAGAUUGUGGAAGGGCACGAGCCACUGGUUGAGCGUCACUACCGACCUGGAAGCAUGGUCAAAGUCAUCGAGCGGAUUCAGGUGGAAGCAGAUGCGCAAGCCGGCUUGAUCCUAGACACCUGGGCCGAGGAGAGGAGAGUGAACCGUAAGCUCACUGAUGUCAAGAGUUAUCCAUUCAACUUCUUGGUGCAGAGUUUCUUGCCGAGUCAGAAGUCAUCAUUCAACCCGAGAAGCGACUCUCCCGCGCCAGCAGCCUCCGGACGAGCGAGUGAGGACGAAGGCGUUGACAUGAAGGAGAUUGAUGCUUUGCUCAACGAAAGUGCUACGAUGCUUGGUAGCUGGUCACUUUAUGCUCGCUUCCUGGCUUCAAAGACGGCUUCACCUGCGGAUGGCAAUCUGGAUGACAAGCUCCAUCUACCGGCAUAUCUCACGCACAGCACGCUGCAGAAGAAAGUAAACGAACUUCUGAUCGAACCUUUCAACCUUAUGGCCACCUUCUUCACCAGGAGGUCUGUUGAGAAGUCGUUCCAGCUGGACGAGCCACCUUCUGACCUCACGCUGAACCCGAAUAAGCAGUUGGGCUCAUCUCCGCCCUUCGUCACUUCCGCGGUCGACGAUGUCAUGUUCAUCGUCAAUCAGGUGCUGCAACGGACACUCUCCACAUCUCAGCGGACUGUCGUAGCAAGCACGAUUCCAUCAGUCGGGAGAGUCUUGGGAUCUGACUUCUUCGGCAUGAUUCAGCGAAAGAUGCGAGACGAAAGCUAUCCCAAGGCAGCCAUCCAAGGAGCACUACCGCCCGAAGGCCUCAUCAUAUCCUUCCUGGUCCUCAUCAACAACCUGGAUGUGGCCACUGACUACGUCAAGCGCAUCGUCAACACAUCCCUCGGCGCAGCACAGCCAUCAACAGCAUUAUCAGACUCCUUUCCCUUCGGCAACGAAGCAGUAUCCGUCGAGAAAAGCCUACGAAACAUGGAAUCUGCCUUCGAAGCCAAGACCUCCGAACUCAUCAACGAAGCCGUCGAAGUCACCCUCAAACAAGUAAUGCGCCCUCGCUUGAGUCCAGUCCUCAAGGAAACUUUCCGCGACCUAGACUACGACACCACCACCAACGAAGACACCGCCUCAGACUCCGAGCCUGACGACGCUGUCGCACAACGCUUCGAAAAAGGCUGGCAGGCCUUCACCCUCCCCAUCAAACGUAUCCUGACCCCCAACGUCUACGACAAACUCAUAACCGCGACGAUCGGCUACCUCGCUAGGAACUUGGAGCGACGGAUCGCAACGUAUUAUGGUCGUGUCAACGAGCUGGGUGCCGUUCGGCUGGAGAGGGAUAUUGCGGGCAUUGUGGCUUCUGCCGUGAAAGGUGGCAAGUAUGAGCUGCGAGAUGCGUUUGCGAGGUGUACCCAGAUGACGCUGAUAAUCAAUAUGGAGGAUGAUGAGUGGGAGGAGAUUUCAAAGUUGAGCGGUGCGCAGCUCGAGCGUGAGACUGGUGUGCAAUGGAAACUGGAUGCCGAGGAGAGGAAGCGGGCGAGAAACAUCGUGAAAGACCGUGGAUAA